AUGAAUAGACCUAAAGGUGUUACUCCGAAUGCUGCUGUGCAUUCUCUCAAGGAAACUUUAAAGAAGGAACACUAUACAAGAGUCCAGUGGGAACAACAAUACGGGAAACAAUUUAAGGACCAACAAAAUGAGAAUGAAUUCCUGUCAUCACGAAAGGAUUUUGUCACCUCCAGAUAUAAUGAAAGUAGUAGCAAACCAAGAAGAUUGCACGUAGAGAUUGAUCCAUCAGAGGUCGAUGAUGAAGGAGAUUAUGAUGAAAGUGAUCCAAACUUAUUCAGUGGAUACAGCUCGAGAUUUUGUGGAUUUUAUCUGCCAACCGAGAAAACCAAUACAUUUAAGACAACACAAUCUCUGGAACAAACUGAGAAAGCUAUUGAACUCGAACAUAAGGAUAACUUUAGAAAAAAGCAUUGGCUCAAGAUGUACUUUGAGGAGAGUGCCAAGAUGCAAAAUUUAUUCAAGAAUCCUGGUGAUAAAUCAGCACCUGCAGCAACCAAGAAAUAA